GGGAAACCUCCGGGUGAUUUGGGAGCACAUAAACGCACCACCGGAUUCGGCUUCAGUGGGGUUUCUGGGUCGUGGUGUUUUGAAAGAGGAGGAGCACUUUCAGUCUCCAGGUUCCCGGAAGACACACCUCUCUGCGCGCAGCCGUUACAGUCCCAUACCGAGCCGAGGGUCCACCAGAGCUGAACGGGACCAUGGCCGACACCGACACUGGCUGCUGGUCCGGGUCUGACGAACUCAUCUUCUUCGUUAACGGGAAGAAGGUCGUCGAGAGACACGCGGAUCCUGAGAUGACCCUGCUGACGUACCUGAGGAGGACAUUGGGUUUAACAGGAACUAAGCUGGGUUGUGCUGAGGGCGGCUGUGGAGCCUGCACCGUCAUGCUGUCCAGAUACCAAACACACACUGAACAGCUGCUUCACUACGCCGUCAACGCAUGCCUCGCCCCCCUCUGCUCCCUACACCUGGUCGCCGUGACGACCGUGGAGGGCAUCGGCAGCGUGGCGAGAAAGCUACACCCUGUGCAGGAGCGAAUAGCGAGGGCUCACGGCUCUCAGUGCGGCUUCUGCACUCCGGGGAUUGUCAUGUCCAUGUACGCUCUGCUGAGAAACAACCCCACGCCCAAAAUGGCCGACGUGGAGGAGGCCUUCCACGGAAACUUGUGUCGUUGCACCGGAUACAGACCCAUACUGGAGGGAUACAAGACUUUCACUGUGGACGGGGGGUGCUGCGGUGGCAGGGGGCGGGGCAGCGGCUGCUGUAUGGCCAAUGAGAAGGGAGCUGAGAACGGCUCAGAGGAAGUCACUGAUGAAGCCAAGUCUCUCUUUAACGCAGCAGACUUCGCGCCCUUUGACCCCACGCAGGAGGUCAUCUUCCCGCCUGAACUCAUGUCUCUCACCAGAGGUCAGAGGUCGGGCUCGCUGUGUUUCCGUGGCGACAGGGCGGCGUGGCUGCAGCCCGACAGUCUGGACGAGUUUCUGUGCCUGAAAUGGAAACAUCCAGACGCCCGAGUGGUGGUGGGGAACACUGAAGUGGGUAUUGAGGUGAAGUUUAAGAACAUGGUGUACCCGGUGGUCCUGGCUCCAGCCUUCAUCCCUGAGCUGAACGCAGUGACGCACACUGAGGACGGUGUAGUGUUUGGUGCAGCAUGCACUCUCAGCCACAUGGGGGCGGUGCUGAAGCAGGCGGUGGAUACUCUUCCUCCUCAUCAGACCGAAGUCUUCCUCGCCGUCCUGGAACAGCUGCGCUGGUUCGCUGGACUGCAGAUACGCAACGUAGCCGCUGUUGGUGGAAACAUCAUGACAGCCAGCCCCAUAUCAGACCUCAACCCUGUUUUUAUGGCGGCGGGCUGCAAACUCACACUGAUGGACAAGGAUGGCAGCCGUGUGGUUCGGAUGGACGACAGUUUCUUCACAGGUUACAGGAAAACGAUUCUGCGGCCGCAGGAGAUCCUGCUGUCCAUAGAGAUCCCGUACAGCAAGAAGAAUCAGUUCGUCUCCGCCUUCAAACAGUCUCCCCGCCGGGAGGAUGACAUCAGCGUCGUCACCGCGGCGAUGAGCGUCACCUUCAGUCCCGGGACUGACGUUGUCGAGGACUUGAGGCUGAGCUACGGCGGCAUGGCGGCCACCACGGUGCUGGCGAAGCAGACGGUGAACAGACUGCUGAGAAGGCGGUGGGGGGAGGAGCUUCUGCAGGAGGCUUGCCACUCAUUGGCUGAGGAGAUGACCCUCGACCCCUCUGCGCCGGGCGGCAUGGUGACGUACCGGCGAACGCUGACCCUCAGCCUCUUCUACAAGUUCUACCUGACGGUGCUGCAGAAGCUCAGAAAGCAGGGUGUGGAUGUGGAGGAGGUGGGGUCAGACUGCCUGAGCGCCGCAGAGAUUUAUCGUGCGGAGACUCCGUCCAGUGUUCAGGUCUACCAGGCAGUGCCGGAGGGGAGGAGCCAGGACGACGUGGUGGGCCGUCCCAUGAUGCACCUGUCCGCUCUGAAGCAGGUGACGGGCGAGGCGGUUUACUGCGACGACAUGCCGCUGUUCGAGAACGAGCUGUACCUGGCGCUCAUCACCAGCAGCAAAGCACACGCUCGCAUCCGCUCUAUAGAUACCUCAGCAGCAGAGAGGAUGCCCGGCGUGGUCUGCUGUGUGUUUGCUGGUGACAUCCCCGGCAGUAACGCCACCGGACCUAUUGCAUACGACGAGACCGUCUUAGCCGACGGCCAGGUGACCUGUGUGGGUCACAUCAUCGGCGCUGUGGUGGCCGACACACAGCUUCACGCUCAGAGAGCCGCCAAAGCUGUCAGGAUCCAGUAUGAAGAGCUGGAGCCGAUCAUCACCAUCCAGGAAGCCAUCGACGCCCAGUCCUUCCAUCAGUUAAUGAGAACCAUCCAGAAGGGAGACCUGGAGGCGGGGUUUAGAGAAGCCGACCACAUCCUGGAGGGUGAGAUGCACAUUGGAGGUCAGGAACAUUUCUACCUGGAGACAAACUUCACUCUGGCUGUUCCCCGAGGAGAAGACGGAGAGAUGGAGCUCUUCGUUUCUACUCAGUCUGCCUCCAAAACACAGUCUCUGGUGGCGAAGGCGUUGGGCGUCCCUGCGAACAGGGUGGUGGUCCGGGUGAAGAGGAUGGGUGGAGGCUUCGGAGGGAAGGAGAGCCGAUCCACCCUGUUGUCCACUGUGGUCGCCGUGGCAGCAAACAAGCUGAAGAGGCCUGUGAGGUGUAUGUUGGACAGAGACGAGGACAUGUUGAUCACUGGAGGAAGACACCCCUUCUAUGCAAAAUACAAGGUGGGUUUCCUAAACAGCGGUAAGGUCUUGGCUCUGGACGUCUCGUUCUACAGUAACAUUGGAAACUCCCUGGACCUCUCUAUGUCAAUCAUGGAGCGUGCUCUGUUCCACAUGGAGAACUCGUACAGUGUGCCGUACGUGCGUGGCCGUGGCUUCCUGUGCCGCACCAACCUGCCGUCCAACACGGCCUUCAGAGGCUUCGGAGGGCCGCAAGGCAUGUUGGUCGCUGAGAGCUGGAUAACUGAUGUGGCUCAGAGUCUGGGCAGGCCGACUGAGGAGGUGCGUCGGUUGAACCUGUAUAUGGAAGGUGAGUCGACGCCCUACAACCAGAUCCUGGAGCAGUUCACCCUGAACCGCUGUUGGGACGAGUGCCUGUCACGCUCUAAAUACCAGGAACGCAGAGAUGCCAUCGACCUCUACAACAGACAGAACCGUUGGACCAAACGAGGCCUCGCCAUCGUCCCCACCAAGUUUGGCAUCAGCUACACCGCCGUCUUCCUCAACCAGGCUGGAGCUCUGGUUCAUAUCUACACAGACGGCUCGGUGUUGUUGACCCAUGGUGGGACAGAGAUGGGACAGGGACUCCACACCAAGAUGGUCCAGGUUGCCAGCAGGGUUCUGGGUAUUCCCUGUUCAAAGAUCCACAUCUCAGAGACCAGUACCAACACAGUCCCCAACACCAGCCCCACCGCUGCCUCCGCCUCCUCAGACCUCAACGGAGCCGCCGUCCAGAACGCUUGUGAGAUUCUCGUGAAACGUCUGGAACCGUACAAGACCAAGAACCCCGGCGGAUCAUGGGAGGACUGGGUGACCGCAGCGUAUUUCGACAGAGUCAACCUCAGUACAAACGGAUUUUACAAGACUCCAGAUAUCGGUUACGACUUUGAGUCAAACUCGGGCCGAGUGUUCAACUACUUUAGCUACGGAGUUGCCUGUUCAGAGGUGGAGAUUGACUGUUUGACCGGCGCUCACAAGAACCUGAGUACCACCAUAGUGAUGGACGUCGGUCACAGCCUCAACCCAGCUAUUGACAUCGGACAGGUGGAGGGGGGGUUCAUGCAGGGUCUGGGUCUCUUCACCCUGGAGGAGCUUCAUUAUUCACCCCAGGGCAUCCUCCUCACUCGGGGUCCUGGUUCUUAUAAGAUCCCGGCCUUCGGUGAUAUUCCCACCAACUUUACCGUCUCGCUGCUCCGCGAUGCACCAAAUGACAAGGCCAUCUUCGCCUCCAAGGCUGUGGGCGAGCCUCCUCUCUUUCUGGCGGCGUCGGUUUUCUACGCCAUCAAAGAUGCCAUCAUCGCUGCCCGGGCAGAGUCGGGCAUCAGAGGUCCCUUCAGGCUGGACAGCCCCGCCUCCGCCGAGAGGAUCCGCAACGCUUGCAGCGACCAAUUCACCAAACUGUGUCCUCCUGCAGAACCGGACACCUUCACCCCCUGGUCUGUUCGGGUCUAGGACGUUCGACCGGAGAGAAAGGAGAAUCGUUAAAACUACAAAAACAUAAUGAGCUGUUUUCGCAAAUUUCACUAACUGAUAAUCCUCUCUGCCAGAUCAAGACGUCCAGUAACAGUUAAUGAUGCACUGUUGGUAAAGAGCGAUUGCUAGCUUACAUUAUACAUUAGCAUAAAACAACUAACUGCAUGUUUUGACUUGUGUAAUCAAGUUAGCUGUUUUAUGCUCCCUGAAGCGUAUUAUUUUCCAUAAUAACAAAUAAUGAAAAUAUAACGUGAUUUCAAUCUUACACUAUAAAAAAUGUUACAUCAAUCAUACAUAGAUUUACUAUCAGAAGUAUUAUUAUUAGUCAUUAUGUUGGCUUAAUUCAGCAGUAUGAAUCAUCUGUAACAAUUGUUUACACUUCAAUUUAUAAACACAUGAAAAUUAAAUGAUUAACUAAUCAAAUUAAUUUAAUAUAGAUCAUAAAUAAUGGAGAUUUUGUUCUCAGUGUUUAUUAAUUAUUGCUCUGUAUGAAUGAAAUAAAAGCUUUUGCUGAG